AACAACUAACUGACAGACAAAAUGGCUGUGGGACGAAGCUAGCCGCUGGGCUAAUGUAAACAUCCACCAACAGUAGACUGGAGCUGCAGAGACGAUAACGUUACCCGAUAGCUUUUUGACACUGCGAAUGAGACUCAGUCUGUCUAACUUUGGUGAAGGAUGAUGAGCCAGCGGCGUGGGAUCCAUCUGGACCAAUCAGAGCUGCUUUGCAAAAAAGGAUGUGGUUUUUAUGGCAACACUGGCUGGCAGGGCCUGUGCUCAAAGUGCUGGCGGGAGGAAAAUCAACGAGAAAAGCAAAGGCAGAUCCAAGAAGACUGGGCACUUGCUGAAAGGCUGCAGAGAGAGGAAGAGGAAGCUUAUGCAAGCAGACAUCAGAAAGCCCAAUCGCAACAUACCAUCACACCCUUCAGCCGGUUUGAGGAAAGAAAAACUAAAGAGAAGUCCAGCAAAGUCAACACAGUCACAAAGUUUUUUACUCCUUCCACAAAAACACCACCGAAAAAAGAUGCUCAUUUCGAUGCUCACUCCAGCCCAAGCCCGAGCUCCUCUACAAGCCGGCAUUCCUCUGUGGACAGUGACCAUGCAACGCGAGAGUUCAUUGAUUUCCUCAAGCCUCUGAAAUCAGGCAGGGAGAUCUUCAAACAGUGCAGGGCCUUCACUGAGAGCAUGGUCUAUAAGCGGGACAUGGGUGCUGAUGAGCUGUCAGAGUGUGUGCAGGACUUCUACCAGAACCUCUCAGACCGUCUCCACACCCAGUUUAAAGGUUCAUCAGAUCACGUAGAGAGUGUUAUGGAUGAAGUAGAGAAGUACAUGAUGACUCGUCUCUACAAAGAAGUGUUCUGUCCUGAGACCACAGACGAUGAGAAGAAAGAUCUGGCCAUUCAGAAGAGAAUCAGAGCCUUGCAUUGGGUCACCAUUGAGAUGCUGUGUGUUCCCGUAGAUGAGGAGAUUGCUGAGGUGUCGGACAGUGUAGUCAAAGCCAUCACAGAUGUGAUUGAAAUGGAUUCAAAGUGUGUGCCCAAGGAGAAGCUGGCGUGCAUCACUCGUUGCAGCAAGCACAUCUUCAACGCCAUCAAAAUCAGCAAGAAAGAGGCGGCAUCUGCAGAUGACUUCCUUCCCACACUCAUCUACAUCGUGCUGAAAGCGAACCCUCCGAGACUGCAGUCGAACAUCCAGUAUAUCACACGCUACAGCAACCCCAGCAGACUGAUGACUGGAGAGGAUGGUUACUACUUCACUAAUCUGUGCUGUGCGGUGGCCUUCAUUGAGAAGCUGGAUGGCCAGUCUCUGAAUUUAAGCUCUGAGGAGUUUGAGCUCUACAUGUCUGGUCAGGCAUCCCCCCACUGGCCACCAUCCAGCGAAGCUUCCUCCUGUUCUCCAGGCAGCGCGGCUCUCAGUCAGGUCCACAAACGGUUGGAUCUGCUAACAGGGCUCGGGGAAAGGCAGGAGCGGGUCAUGGAGAAGGCUCGCCAGCUGGAGAGCGACCUCAUUGACUGGACGGACGAGGUGGAGCAGAAGGUGCAGAGCGUCCUGGAGAGCUUUCCACCAGAGACACAAAACCCUCCUGCACCCUCAGCUAGUGGGACAACUUCUGCAUCAGCAAUAGACUCUGAUAACGUUGAGAAUGAGCACCUGCCUCCACCACUGCAGCCACAAGUGUUUGCUGGUUGAUGUGAAGAGAUCGACUCAAAAAAAAAAAAAAAAAUCCUCUAGAUGCUUUACUCCACCCUCCCCUUUUUCCCUGCUGUUAAAUGUUGCUGUCUGUAUGCACAUACAGCAGCUAUCUGAUAUGGAUCCCAUUCAUCUCCAUUCCAUCCAUCCAAGUCCAAGAGGCCCUGCAACUACACUGAACAGUAACAGAGAGUUAGAUGAGGAGAUAUAACCACUUAGCGUAGAAGAAAGGCGAAACAGGUAGUCUAGCUCUGCCCGAAGGUAACUAAAAGCAAAUAAGUAUUUCCCAGAAUUUCCUGGAUGCCAAAUACACUCCGAGCCUCCAAGCUUUGUCCUGGUUGCAAAGGAUUUGGUGCAGUACCUGUGGUAACGCCCUGCUUCAAGCACACACUGGUCUAUUACAUUCUGCUUCCUCAAAGCGAGACGUGCAGGGAAACCUUCCACGGAGUGGCGUCCAGGAGACAUCCUGAUGAGAAUCCCCAAACCACCUCAACUUCUGCUCCUUUAAAUGCAAAGAAGCAGACUGACUCCACUCCAAGCUCUUCCCGAACACACCCACAAUGACAUCUUCAGUACCUCAGUGCGUCUUCAUUGUUGUUAUUGCAGUUACAUUUGAGCAGACGGGAUAAAUGGUUUGGAUGUGAAUUUGAAACAUGUUUCUGUCAUUCACAGCUUUUCAGACAAAACCAGAUGUUUUUGUUUUUGUGUUGUGAUGUCUCUAAGGUUGGGUAUCAUUUAAAAAAAAAAUAUACCAGUACCAAUACCAGCACGCUCAAAGUGACAAAUAGAGUACUUCAUUUGAUACCUUUUUUCCCUGCUUCAUUCAGUACCUGUUUAAAAUGUUUUAAUGGCAUCUCGGCACACUGAACUACACUGAGCUUGACUUCACCACACCACAGACUGAAUCCCUUGUAGCUGCUGUGGUAGUGGGCCAAUCUCACGUCGAAUUAAAUUGAAGAACUCUCGCAGUGAAAGAGUCUUUUUCUCUAGAUCUGGGUACAAAAAGGGUGAAAUGCAGGUAUCGUGACUGGAGACGUUUCAAUACUACUUGGUACUGGGUUAUUUCAGUUGAUACCUUAAAGAGGUUGAGUGCUGAUACCCAGCCUUAGAUGUCUCCAGGUGUAAACUGACAAGUGGAGGCUCAAGUGGACACACAGAGCCACACUGCCCAAGUAACCUCCAACAACUUUACAGGAAUUUUUCAGUCAAAUAUGUUUUUGGCAGAGGAAAUGGUGAAAUCUGAAUGAUGCGAAACCUAACUUCCCCUCACUGAGACAACCCUCCAGCUCAUGCUCGUGAUUCGUGCUGUGUUUAUUGUGUGUUUCUGCAGAGAAAUAUCCGGAGAGAACGAGACGUGCGUGUGUGUGACAGUUGUGCAUGCGGGUGAGAGUGCGAGCGUGUGUUGCAUGGACAUGUUCCAUUAAUGUCGGUGAAUCAUAGAGUCCUCCAGCUGCGUGUGUGUGGAUAUCGUAGUCAUGUUUUCAUGCCAGACCUCUCAACUCCAGUCGUAAGCUGGGUGUACAGAAGUGAUUUUAUUUUUCUAUAGAGUGGCAGGUAUCAAUUCUUUUGGAUGCAAUAGGAGACAUUAAUCCUGUAAUAUUUACAGUAGUACUCUUGUUAAAGAACAUUGCUUGAAGACGUUACAUGAAUUCUAAUGAUUCAAUAGUAAAAUUUUCAUUUAUUUCACAAGAGGGUGUUGUAAGCAUGUCCCAUAAAAGGUUUUAGGUGAUUUUUUUUUUUUUUGGGGGGGG